CGCCGGCGCCUCCCGCCCCCCCCCAGCUCCGCGCGGGCACCACAGAGACGGGGCGGGCCGCGCCGGCCAGAGCGGCGCCUCGCCGCGGCCUCUCUAGGCGCGUCCCUUCCCCGUCUCGGUGGUGCGCGGGCGCUGUCGCGUCAUGGCGGGCGAGGGCGGCUCUGAGGCGGGGAAGUCCUUUAAACUCCUGGGAUUUCUUGAUGUUAAAAAUGUCCCGUGUGCACGAGAAUCAGUGCUCUAUGGCUCAGUGGGAUCUUUAGUUUUGGGUCUUGGACACUUUUUAGCAACCAGUAGAGUGAAAAGAUCCUGUGACUUUGCAGUCGGGGGCUUUAUUUGCACAAUGUUAGGAUACUGGUUUUACUGCAGGUACAAUUUAGCCAAACACAGGAUCCGGCAACGAAUGCUUAAAGAAGGAAUGAGAAACAAAAUUUUAUUUGAAGGCAGUUCUUUUGAUCCAGAAAAAAAACAAGCGGACAGUGAAAGAAGCAAUUCGUAGUCUGCUCUAGAAGAAUCUGUGGGCUAAUACAGUUUUGGGAGAAGGUGGUCCAAAAAUGGUGGUGUUCCCUGUAAACGUGUGAGGUAACUGAUAAUCAUGCUGAUUUUCCUAGAAAAUUCAAGUAAGAAAUUCACAGUGUUAAAUCAGUAUACAAGCCUUUCUUUGUUUCAUGUAUGUAUGUAUGUAUAUGACUACGUACACGGUCAGGAAUGACCUCCAUGGUUUUGGCUUGUUAAACAUUUGGGAACUGAUGUGGUCUGCUGCAGGGUCUUGGAGGAUUAAUGACAGCAUUUUGGGACUGCUUUCACUUUAUUUUAAACAGAAUGGUUCAUUUUAGCAAAGUUGUAAUUACGUCUCAUUUAAAUACAGGAAAAUAUUUUCAUCAGCUCUUCUCUGAGUAAAUGCAUCUUUCAGUGCUGCUGGUAAGUGUGCUGUUUGUAAAACAGGAGUAUUUAAACAGUAAGUGAAUGCCUUGCCUGUGCAAGGUGGAUAUCAGUAGCUUUUGUAAGAUUUCAGCUGCAGAGCAGUGGGCAACUUCAAAUAAUCUAUAUAUACUGUGAACUUCCAUCUUUGUCUGUGCAAAGCGAAGAAUAAAACCAUACUUCAGGAGGAA